AUGGAUAGCGAAUACCAAGUCUCUUUGAUUACAUGUAUCUUUGGCGGGUUCAUCCUAUUGUAUGGGCUAUGUUCCCUUGGUCUUAAGGAGAAGCUAUACAUGUCAGAAGCUCGCAAGAGUAUAGUGAUUGCCACAUUAUAUGGCAUUUUCAUCGGACCCCUUGGUGUUGGCCUUGUUGAUCUUGAAGGAUGGGAUGGCAAACAUGAACUUACACGAGAAUUUAGUCGAAUAGCGAUCGGCAUCCAAGUCAUGGUUGUUGGUAUCACACUGCCGAAAAAGUACCUCAUCAAAGAAGCCCGCUCGUUGUCUAUUCUUCUCGUGCUGGUGAUGAGUACCAUGUGGAUCGUGAGCGCACUUUGUGUAUGGCUAGUGUUUCCCAAUCUCACUUUUCUGGAAGCCCUUAUGAUUGCAUCAUGCUUUACACCCACAGACCCUGUACUUGCCAACUCGAUCGUUCAAGGCCAUUUUGCAGAAAAAUAUGUUCCAAACCAUGUAAGGAACAUCAUUGUGGCAGAAAGCGGUGCCAAUGACGGAUUAGGUUACCCUUUCCUUUUUAUUGCAAUGUUCCUGAUUCAAAUGCCUACCGGCGAAGCAUGGAUACGGUGGACACUCGAAGUGAUGCUGUAUCAAAUAGCACUAUCCAUCUUUAUUGGCUUUGUCACCGGUUUCUUAGCUCGAAAGUUGCUACGUUUGGCGCACGAUAGGAAACUCGUUGAUGAAGAAUCAUUUUCAAUCUAUGCAUUAGCACUAGCCCUUUUCCUUAUCGGCUGGGUUGGUGCACUCGGCAGUGAUGAUCUUCUUGCCUGUUUCAUUGCAGGGUGCUCAUUCACGUGGGAUGGAUGGUACCAAUACAAUUCAGAGAACUCACAUGUCGUAGAGGUCAUUGAUAUGAUGCUUAAUCUUGGCAUGUUCAUGUACAUUGGUGCUAUUAUGCCAUGGUCAGCCAUGGUACAAUUAGGCAUAAUGCCCCUUGUUUUGCUUGCCGUUCUUGUACAUUUAUUCCGCCGCUUACCUGUGGUUGCAUUAUUGUACCCUAUUAUACCAGCGGUGCAUGACUUGAAAGAAGCCCUAUUCACAGGAUUCUUUGGGCCCAUGGGUGUUGGUUCGGUGUUUUAUUGUUCUGUGGCAAUGAUCGAUAUCACUUUGGAACAAUCGGAUAGCUAUGGAAGUCAAAUUCUAGAACCCAUUGUCUACGCCAUUGUAUUAUCAUCCAUCCUUGUUCACGGCAUUACAAUCCCUGUAUUCCAAGCUGGGAACAACCUGAAGCAACGUAUAUCCUCGAGGCAUCAAUACGAAAAUGUACCCGAUAUUGAGCGUAGAUCACUGCAAAACAGCGAACACUAUAGAUCCUAUGGCUCCCUUACCGAGCAAUAA